AUGCCCACAAUGUCUCUCCAGCGACUUGCGCGGGCGCGGGCCCUGCGCAGCCGUCUCUCGGCGGCUCGACUCGUACCGACGACGCAACGACGAGGCUUCCUACCGCCUCAGUACUCGGACAGAAAGGUGCUUGACGAAAAGUACCCCGACCGUCAACAGCUGAGCGAGGCCGAGGACCCUGGCAUGAACGGCGGCUACAUUAACCCGCCACGCAUCAAGCGCCAGUUCCGCGACCCUUAUGCCGACUGGUGGGACCCGCAGGAGCGGAGGAACUUUGGCGAGCCGGUUCACGAGGACAACGAUGUGCUCGGCAUCUUCUCGCCGCACCAGUACACUUGGACGUCGACUGGCCCGGGCUUGAUCAUGAUUGGCAGCUUCAUCGCCGUCUUUCUGGGCGUGUCUGGAGUCGUCUACCUCAACUACCCCGACAAGCAGACGUACCCAAGGGAAUUUGAAGGCGGGUUGGAGCGGGAACUGGGUGGCCCUGGCGCCGUGAGGGCACGGAUGGCUGGCGACGAGGACCCGUAG